AGGCGCGGUGCGGCCCGGCCGCUGUGAGCUGGCAGGAUAGGGCGGGCGGCUGUCGGGCGGCGGACAUUUUUGGGGGGUCCCGCGAUGCGCCCCCUGUGAGAAGGGCGGCGGAAGGCAGAUCGCCAUGAACCUGAGGGGCUUGUUUCAGGACUUCAAUCCCAGCAAAUUUCUUAUCUAUGCCUGCCUGCUGCUGUUCUCAGUUUUGCUUUCUCUUCGUUUGGAUGACAAGAUUCAGUGGAGCUACUGGGCAGUGUUUGCUCCAAUAUGGCUGUGGAAGUUAAUGGUAAUUGUGGGCGCCUCAGUAGGAACUGGAGUAUGGGCACGAAACCCACAGUAUCGUGCAGAAGGAGAAACAUGUGUGGAGUUCAAAGCCAUGUUAAUUGCAGUUGGCAUCCACUUGUUACUGCUGAUGUUUGAAGUGCUAGUCUGUGAUGGGAUUGAGAGAGGAACCCGCUUUUGGCUUCUAGUCUUCAUGCCGUUGUUCUUUGUGUCUCCAGUAUCCAUUGCAGCUUGUGUUUGGGGCUUUCGGCAUGACAGAUCUCUGGAGCUGGAAAUCCUGUGUUCUGUCAAUAUUCUCCAGUUCAUAUUCAUUGCACUCCGACUGGAUGAAAUAAUCAAGUGGCCAUGGCUUGUUGUCUGUGUCCCUCUGUGGAUUCUGAUGUCCUUUCUAUGUUUGGUUGUGCUCUAUUACAUUGUCUGGUCAGUCCUAUUCUUACGUUCGAUGGAUGUGAUUGCUGAGCAAAGAAGAACUCACAUAACAAUGGCCAUCAGUUGGAUGACAAUCGUAGUUCCAUUACUCACCUUUGAAAUCCUGCUUGUGCACAGAUUGGAUGGACACAAUACAUUCUCAUAUAUACCCAUAUUUGUUCCUCUCUGGCUCUCACUGAUAACUUUAAUGGCAACAACAUUUGGACAAAAAGGAGGCAAUCAUUGGUGGUUUGGAAUCCGCAAAGACUUCUGUCAGUUUCUACUUGAAAUUUUCCCAUUCCUAAGAGAGUACGGCAAUAUUUCUUAUGAUCUGCAUCAUGAAGAUAAUGAAGAAGCAGAAGAAACCCCUGUCCCAGAACCUCCAAAAAUAGCUCCAAUGUUUCGGAAGAAGACUGGAGUGGUCAUUACUCAGAGUCCUGGAAAAUACGUUAUACCGCCUCCCAAAUUAAACAUUGAUAUGCCAGAUUAAAAGUGAACUCGGUCACGUAGCACAUAGCUAGGACUGACUACUCGCUGGGAAUCAGUGGCCAACUUUUUUGUCAUGCCUUUGUUUUUAUUUGUUUAUGGAUAGCAGUGUCUGCUUUAAUGGCUUGUAAUGUAGAUAAUGUAGAAUUGUUUUGAUAUAAUUAUAGAGUUUCAAUGUAUUUGCAUAUGAAAUACCAUGCCAGUAAAAUAAAUGGGAAUGCAAUAGCUGGGGUAAGGUUCACAAAAGGUCUCAUGUUUAUGGCAUAUACUCUUGUUUUGGCUGCGAGCAUUGAACCUCCAGUGUAGAGUUUGUUAGCUACGGAGUCCAAGUUUUUACACAGUACAAUUAAGAAUUUAAAAUAACUAUCCUACCUAAUGAGCAUCAAACCUGCCUAGUUACAGAUGGGCAAGGCAUGUUGAAAUCAGUGGCCUUUGCACAUGUAACUUGUGGACUGGAUUGUAGCCACAGCGUUUUAGAGAAGUGGAAAAUACUGCUUUAUUUGUUAAUCUUCCUGCUUUGUUUUAAUUAAAGCUUGCCUGUAUAGUAUUUAUAAAGGUAAGGUACUAGCUUUUUGAAAAGUUGCUUUUCCACUUUUGUUAAAAUGUUAUUGUUUGUUAAUCUUAUUUCUCAGUCUCCCAAUUUUUGGCUGGUCAAUAAAGUAUCCUCCUGUA